GACGUCUAAAAUUGCGCGUGCGUAGUUGUUGCCGGAGUUGCGCGAAGCCGCUUCUGUCUUUCAGGCUUGGCUUGGGUGAGCGCGUGUGAAGGGACUGGGGAGGGGGUCGUUGACCCAGAGCUGCUGCUGCCAUGUCGCGCUUCUUUACUACGGGCUCCGACAGCGAGUCGGAGUCAUCACUUUCUGGGGAUGAGCAGGUGGCCAAGCCUGUCGGAGGCAACUUUGGAAAACAGCCUCUGAUUCUGAGUGAAGAUGAAGAAGAUACGAAGAGAGUGGUGCGCAGCGCAAAGGACAAGAGGUUUGAAGAGCUUACCAACUUGAUCAAGACCAUCCGAAAUGCCAUGAAGAUCCGGGACGUCACCAAGUGCCUGGAGGAGUUUGAGUUGCUGGGCAAGGCCUACGGGAAGGCCAAGAGCAUUGUGGACAAGGAAGGCGUGCCCCGGUUCUACAUCCGCAUCUUGGCAGACCUUGAGGACUAUCUCAAUGAGCUAUGGGAGGACAAGGAAGGCAAGAAGAAGAUGAACAAGAACAACGCCAAGGCGCUGAGCACCCUCCGCCAGAAGAUCCGGAAGUACAACCGGGAUUAUGAGACCCAGAUCACUUCCUAUCGCCAGAAUCCUGAGCAAUCUGCUGAUGAAGACGAGGAGAAGAGGAGUGAUGAUUCAGAAGGUGAGCGAGGACAGACUGGCAGAACUGGAACAGAAGAGGAUAAGAGAGUUCUGGAGAAGAAGCGUGAGGAGAAGGCCAAGAAGAAGCAAGACCGCAAAUCUAAGAGAUACGAGGACGAUGAGGAUGACAACGAAAGUGGCGAGUGGGAGAAGGUCAAGGGCGGCGUCCCGCUGGUCAAGGAGAAGCCCAAGAUGUUUGCCAAAGGCACAGAGAUCAACCAUGCGGUGGUGGUGAAGAAGCUCAAUGAGAUUCUCCAGGCCCGGGGAAAGAAAGGCACGGAUAGGGCAGCACAGAUCGAACUCCUGCAGUUGCUGGUCGGAAUUGCAGCGGAGAACAACCUGGGAGUUGCCAUUGAUGUUAAGAUCAAGUUCAACAUUGUUGCUUCCUUGUAUGACUACAACCCCAACUUAGCAACGUACAUGAAGCCAGAGAUGUGGCAGAAAUGCCUCGACUGCAUCGAUGAGCUCAUGAACAUCCUCUUUGCGCAACCCAACAUCUUCAUUGGUGAGAACAUUGCGGAAGACUCAGAGAACCUGUCCAAUAAUGAACAGCCCCUUCGCGUCCGUGGCUGCAUUCUGACGCUGGUGGAGCGGAUGGACGAGGAGUUCACCAAGAUCAUGCAGAACACAGACCCCCACUCCCAAGAAUACGUGGACCACCUGAAGGACGAGGGCCGUGUCUGCAAGAUCAUCGAUCGUGUGCAGACCUACCUGCAGGACAAGGGAACCACGGAGGAGAUCUGCCGGGUUUACCUCCGAUGCAUCCUCCACACUUACUACAAGUUCGACUACAAGGCCCACCAGCGGCAGCAGGGGCCGGCUGGGGACAGCAAGUCAGAGCAAGACCAGGCUGAAAACGAAGCCGAGGACUCUGCAGUGCAAAUGGAGCGCCUCUGCAAGUUCAUCUAUGCCAGGGACCGGACAGACCGGAUUCGUACCUGCGCCAUCCUCUGCCACAUCUACCAUCACGCCCUGCACGACCGCUGGUACCAGGCCCGUGAUUUGAUGCUCAUGAGUCACCUGCAGGACAAUAUCCAGCAUGCAGACCCUCCUGUACAGAUUCUGUAUAACAGGACGAUGGUGCAGCUCGGCAUCUGCGCCUUCCGCCAGGGCAUGAUCAAGGACGCCCACAAUGCCCUGCUGGACAUCCAGUCGAGCGGGCGGGCCAAGGAGCUGCUGGGGCAGGGCCUGCUGAUGCGCAGCAUGCAGGAGCGCAACCAAGAGCAAGAGAAGAUUGAGAAGCGCCGGCAGGUUCCCUUCCACAUGCACAUCAACCUGGAGCUGCUGGAGUGCGUCUACCUGGUGUCUGCCAUGCUGCUCGAGAUCCCCUACAUGGCCGCCCACGAGUUCGAUGCACGGCGGCGCAUGAUCAGCAAGCAGUUCCAUCACCAGCUGCGUGUGGGCGAGCGCCAGCCCCUUCUGGGCCCCCCAGAGUCCAUGAGGGAGCACGUGGUGGCCGCCUCCAAGGCCAUGAAGAUGGGCGACUGGAAGACGUGCCACCGUUUCAUCGUCAAUGAGAAAAUGAAUGGGAAAGUCUGGGACCUCUUCCCGGAGGCAGACAAAGUGCGCUCCAUGCUUGUCCGGAAGAUCCAAGAGGAGUCUCUCCGAACCUACCUCUUCACUUACAGCAGUGUCUAUGAUUCCAUCAGCAUGGAGAUCUUGUCCGAUAUGUUCGAGCUGGACUUGCCCACCGUGCACAGCAUCAUCAGUAAGAUGAUCAUCAACGAAGAGCUGAUGGCUUCCCUGGACCAGCCAACCCAAACAGUGGUGAUGCACCGAACGGAGCCCACAUCCCAGCAGAACCUGGCCUUGCAGCUGGCUGAGAAGCUGGGCAGCCUCGUGGAGAACAACGAGAGGGUCUUUGACCAGAAGCAGGGCAUCUACGGGGGUUAUUUCCGGGAUCAAAAAGAUGGCUACCGUAAAAAUGAAGGCGGCUACAUGCGUCGUGGAGGGUACCGGCAACAAGAACGUCAGAGUAACUACUAAUCCUCAGACUGUUGCCGCAGAACUUUCUCAUGGGAGAUGUUGGGGGGGUGUCUUAUUCAGAUUUCCAGGCUUCAAACACAGAAUAAAAGAU